GCAUGAAACAGUUGCCUAGCAGCUCCGCUCUUUAUAACCCGCGGCCUCCAGCCUCUUCUCUCAACUCUUCCAAUCCACAGGACUCGAAUCAAUUCAGUUCCUAGAUCAACCAUCACUACCGCCAGCAUGCUCGUCGAACAAUUCGAGGAGGUCUUGAAGAAGACUUCUGGUCUUCCCCUCCCCACGGCCUCGCCCACCCAUGUGGCUCCCAUUCCUUCGGUCGUUCCCACGACCCCAGAGCUCCAAUUCAUUGGUGAAUCUGGCCAGAAGACCCUCUGGGUUGUCUUCGUCCUCAUGAUCAUCGCGUCUGCUGGAUUCACUGCGCUCUCAUGGAGGGUUCCUCUCUCCAAGCGCCUUUAUCACACCAUCACCACCAUGAUCACCAUCUUCGCGGCGCUCUCUUACUUCGCCAUGGCCACCGGACACGGUGUUUCCGUCCAGAAGAUCAUCGUCCGCGAGCAGCACGACCAUGUCCCCGACACAUUCACUGAGGUGCACCGCCAGGUCUUCUGGGCCCGCUACGUCGACUGGAGCGUCACCACUCCUCUCCUGCUCCUCGACCUUGGUCUCCUGGCUGGCAUGUCUGGUGGACACAUCAUCAUGGCCAUUGUCGCUGAUUUGAUCAUGAUCUUGACUGGACUGUUCGCUGCCUUUGGCGAGGAGGGUACUCCCCAGAAGUGGGGCUGGUACACCAUUGCCUGCAUUGCCUACAUCUUUGUCAUCUGGCACCUUGCCUUGAACGGCGGCGCCAACGCUACCAGCAAGGGACCUAAGCUUCGCUCGUUCUUCGUUGCCAUUGGUGGAUACACCCUCCUCCUAUGGACCGCCUACCCCAUUGUCUGGGGUCUUGCCGACGGUUCCCGCAAGAUCGGUGUUGACGGUGAAGUCAUUGCCUACGCUAUCUUGGACGUUCUCGCCAAGGGUGUCUUUGGUGCCUGGCUUCUGAUCACUCACGCCAAGCUGCGUGAGAGCGACGUUGAGCUCAACGGCUUCUGGUCCAACGGUCUCAACAGCGAGGGUGCCGUCCGCCUCGGUGAGGAUGACGGCGCGUAAGCAGUUCAAGUGCAUACGUUACACUCGCCGGUAUAAAUUGCGCUGGAAUGAGGGGAAUGCAAGGGUGAUCCCUGGACGGACGCUAGGAUGAUGCCUGGGGUGCAUUGAUGGAAAAAGUGAUCUCACUAUUGCCGCAGUCUCGAUAGUCAUUUGCUUCGUCUGCUUAUGCUUCAAACAUGGAGUUAGGGUCGAUGUACAUUCGAGGACUGAACGCCACUCACGUAGUCUGACACGGUCAUUUCCGUGGCUAAUGAGUUUAAUGGAGUUUCUUUCGUAAUCACCAGGACCCC